GCUCCGAAAUGUCAAAAUAAGCACGUAACAACAUUGCCGGCUCGAAGAAACGAAGUGCAAAAUAAUUACACAAAUUGUUCAAAUGUGUGUAAAUAUUUAGUGCCGUGCAAAAGGCUGCAUUUGUAGGGUACAACAACAUGUCGAACAUGCUGCUAAGAUUAUCCAGCCGAAGUUUACGGGAGCUGUGUGGGAGUGCCGGAUUGCUCGGGCCCGGAACACGGUCGGUCAAACAUGGUUCCAUAGUAAGCCGGUUUCAACACACAACACGCCAGUCCGAUCCGAUGAAGGGUAAAGGUCCGAUCACGUGGAAAAGUUUCGCAUUUAUUGCCACCGCCGGCAUUGGUGUGCUCGGGUUCAUGUGGUACGUGAAGGACGAGAAAGAGCAGGCCCUGCUGAGGGAACGCAAACGGCAGCUAGGCAAAGCAGCCAUCGGUGGCAAAUGGGAUUUAACCGAUUCCGAUGGCAAUCCUCGCAAAUCGUCCGAUUUUCUUGGCAAAUGGUUGCUGAUCUACUUCGGCUUCACGCACUGCCCGGAUAUCUGUCCGGAUGAGCUGGAGAAAAUGGCUGCCGUGGUCGAUAAUCUGGAGAAGGAAAAGGAUGCGGAACCGGUGCAACCGAUCUUCAUCACGGUAGAUCCGCAGCGUGACACCAAAGAGAUCGUGGGCAAGUACGUGAAGGAAUUUUCGCCAAAGUUGCUCGGUCUUACGGGAACGGUGGAACAGGUGGCGCAGGUAUGUCGAGCAUUCCGGGUGUAUUUUAGUGCGGGACCGAAGGAUGAGGAUGAGGAUUAUAUCGUGGAUCAUACGAUUAUCAUGUACUUGAUUGAUCCGAACGGUGAGUUUGUCGAUUAUUAUGGACAGAAUCGGGAUAAGGAAUCGAUAAAGAACUCCAUACUGAUCAAUAUGGCAAAGUUCAAGCAGAUGCACAAAUCGUCAUGGUGGUAGAUUAGCU